GUCUCAGUGAGGCCUUCCCUUGCCUUCCCUUCCGACUCCGAGAAACCAGAGUAAACCACCACGGCACCACCGCAGGGCGUCGGCUGCUCAGCAAUGGCGGCAGCAGGCGUCAUGCCUCCGCACGCAGACCCGGCACCAGGUCCACCACUAGCCGCGGCGCGUAGCCCCACAGCUCCCACCGCCGACGCCCAACUCCGACGAGACGCCCCCACCCCGUCCCUCCGCGCGCUCUUCCUCCGCGCCGUGGACCCUUCCCGCCCCUCGUCAUGGUCCGCCGCCGUCGCGGACCUCCUCUCCGCCGGCGACCCCGCCGCCGCGCUGGCCGCCUUCGCCGCCGCCCUCCGCGCCAACCCCGCCGCGCUCCGCCCGGCCCUGCCCCCGGCCCUCCGCGCCGCCGCUGCCGCCGCCUCCCUCGCCGCCGGCCGCCAGCUCCACCUCCUCGCGCUCCGCUCGGGCCUCUUCCCCUCCGACGCCUACUCCGCCUCCGCCCUCCUCCACAUGUACCACCACUGCGCCCGCCCGCUCGACGCCCGCAGGGCGUUCGACGAAAUCCCCGCCCCCAACCCCAUCAUCGUCACCGCCAUGGCUUCCGGCUGCGCGCGCAACAACCUCGUCUACCCCGCCCUCGCCAUAUUCCGCUCUAUGGUCGCCUCUGAUUCCGCCGGGGUGGUCGAUGAGGCGGCCGCGCUGGUGGCGCUCUCUGCGUCUGCGCGCGUCCCCGACCGUGGCGUUACUGGUGGCAUUCACGCUCUGGUUGCGAAGGUAGGCUUGGAUGGGAAUGCUAGCGUGGCUAACACGAUGCUCGACGCCUAUGCGAAAGGAGGCAGCCGUGACCUGGGAGCUGCGAGGAAGCUCUUUGAUAUGAUGGAGAGGGAUGCGGUGUCCUGGAGCACGAUGAUUGCGCUGUAUGCACAGAAUGGACUGUCAGCAGAGGCGCUCGGGUUGUAUAAUAAGAUGCUGAAUGUUGGUGGUGGCAUUAGAUGCAAUGCCGUGGCUUUGUCAGCUGUGCUGCUGGCUUGCACGCAUGCUGGGGCAAUACAGACCGGAAAACGCAUUCAUAAUCAGGUGGUAAGAUUGGGUUUGGAGGAGAAUGUCUAUGUUGGAACUUCUGUGGUUGAUAUGUACAGCAAGUGUGGGAGAGUUGAAAUGGCAAGGAAGGCCUUCCACAGAAUCAAGGAAAAGAAUAUCCUUUCAUGGUCUGCCAUGAUUGCUGGCUAUGGCAUGCAUGGUCAUGGGCAAGAGGCCCUUGAGGUUUUCAAUGAGAUGAGGGGGUCGGGGUUAAAGCCUAACUACAUAACCUUUAUCUCGGUUUUAGCUGCUUGCAGUCAUGCUGGCCUUUUGAAUGAGGGCCGUCAUUGGUACAAUGCCAUGAGAAAAGAAUUUGGAAUUGAACCUGGCAUAGAGCAUUAUGGAUGCAUGGUGGAUCUUCUUGGUCGUGCUAGAUGUCUUGAUGAGGCUUAUGGACUUAUUAAAGAAAUGAAGGUCAAACCUGAUGCUGCUAUGUGGGGAGCUCUACUAAAUGCAUGCCGGAUCCAUAAAAAUGUUGAGCUGGCAGAAAUUGCUGCGAAUAGAUUGUUUGAGUUGGAUGCAACUCACUCUGGGUGCUAUGUUCUCUUGUCCAAUAUAUAUGCAGAAGCGGGAAUGUGGAAAGAUGCGGAAAGAAUUAGAGUUCUGGUUAAAACAAGAGGGUUAGAAAAGCCUCCAGCGUAUAGCUCCGUUGAGUUGAAAGGUAAAACCCAUUUGUUUUACGUCGGAGACAAGAGACACCCACAGCACAAGGAAAUAUAUGCUUAUUUGGAUAAACUGCUUGAGAGAAUGCAAGAAGCAGGCUAUGCACCAAACACAGGUUCUGUUCUUCAUGAUUUGGAUGAAGAAGAAAAAGAAUCCAUGUUGCGCAUCCAUAGUGAAAAGCUUGCUGUUGCUUUUGCGCUAAUGAACUCUGUACAAGGAUCAGUAAUCCAUGUCAUAAAGAAUCUCCGGGUCUGCACUGAUUGCCAUACAGCAAUAAAGAUUAUUACAAAGCUUACUGGACGAGAGAUUGUUGUUCGAGAUAUAAAGCGGUUUCAUCAUUUCAAGGAUGGAUUGUGCUCAUGUGGGGAUUAUUGGUGACACACAAUGAGGCUUAGGUUGUGAUGCCAUAUUGGUACUCAUCAGAAUAUCAGAUAUUGAGAUCACUGUGUAAGAUGCAAGGCCCAAUAUAUCAGUGAUACAGUUUGUAACUUC